CCCCUGAAAUGGACCAAAUCAACCGUUGGGUGUAAGUACCCCUUUGAAUCAUAUGCCAAAAUUCCAAAAUCGACAAAAUCCCCAUCGCAUCACUCUCCCUCUCUCUCUCUCUCUCUCUGCCAUUAACCAAAGAAGGGAAACAGAGGAGGAGAGAGACGGAGAGAGGCAUAGAGGAGAUCGCCAGAUUCAACAGCAUACACAUAGUUUGUCACGGAGACGUGUUGAUGUCUUCUCCGCCUUCUUCCCCCGCAAUGCCUUCUCCCCUUCUUAUUCUCUCUCUGUCCUUCCCUUAUAUUUCUCCCGCUUCUUCCUCUGGUCCACUCGCACCCCCCGCCAUCACCCCCUCUAUCUCCUCUCCUCCCUUCGUCGCUCCCUCUCCCCGCUCUGUGAGCCUCUGCAAUGGCACCGGCCUUUGAACCCCAGCAAGAUGCUCCAUUGGAGCUGCAGGGCGGCGCGGGGAACCCGUCACUCGCCGUCAAUGACGGCCCCAAAUCGAGGGUCACCGUCGUUGGCAGCGGCAACUGGGGCAGCGUCGCCGCCAAGCUCAUCGCCUCCAACACCCUCAAGCUCCCAUCUUUCCACGAUGAAGUGAGGAUGUGGGUGUUUGAGGAGGUACUACCGAGUGGCGAGAAACUCACUGAUGUCAUCAACCGAACCAAUGAAAAUGUUAAAUAUCUCCCCGGAAUUAAGCUUGGUAAAAAUGUUGUUGCAGACCCAGAGCUUGAUAAUGCAGUUAAGGAUGCAAACAUGCUCGUCUUUGUUACCCCACAUCAGUUCAUGGAGGGCAUCUGCAAGAGACUCGUAGGGAAGAUAAAGGAAGGAGCAGAGGCCAUCUCCCUUAUUAAGGGCAUGGAGGUCAAAAUGGAGGGGCCUUGCAUGAUCUCGAGCCUCAUCUCAGAUCUUCUUGGGAUCAACUGCUGCGUCCUAAUGGGAGCAAACAUCGCAAAUGAGAUUGCUGUGGAGAAAUUCAGUGAGGCGACAGUAGGGUACAGAGAGAAGAGAGAGACGGCAGAGAAGUGGGUUCAGCUCUUUAGCACUCCGUAUUUCAUGGUCUCAGCUGUUGAAGAUGUUGAAGGAGUAGAACUUUGUGGAACACUGAAGAAUGUCGUGGCCAUUGCAGCUGGUUUCGUGGAUGGAUUGGAGAUGGGAAACAACACAAAAGCCGCAAUUAUGAGGAUUGGGCUAAGAGAGAUGAAGGCGUUCUCCAAGCUUUUGUUCCCAUCUGUUAAGGACAGCACCUUCUUCGAAAGCUGUGGUGUAGCUGACCUCAUCACGACUUGUUUGGGGGGAAGAAAUAGAAAAGUUGCAGAGGCUUUUGCGAAGAAUGGCGGACAAAGGUCAUUCGAUGAUCUUGAAGCAGAGAUGCUGCAGGGACAAAAGCUACAGGGUGUCUCGACAGCAAAAGAGGUUUACGAGGUCCUGAGGCACAGGGGCUGGCUCGAGCUCUUCCCACUCUUCGCGACCGUGCACGAGAUCUCCACAGGCCAUCUUCCUCCUUCGGCAAUCGUCGAGUACAGCGAGCACAAGCCCGUCUUCUCUUGGUAGAGCAAGAGGACGACCAGUUCCAACCCCUUUAAUGAGGGUUAUAGUUGUCCUAUUUCGAAAUCUAAAGUGAGUUGGAAACAAAGCAAAUCUACUGCAGGAAGCCAUAGAAAAGAGCUUCAAGAGGUAGAUGACAUGUAAAACUAGAUGGGAAGGUAAGGAUUCAAAAGUUGCUAUAUGUAUGUAUUUGUUUCCACGUCAAUGUUGAGGAAGCUUUCUCAGAUGUUUUGUUAUAUCAGCAGCAAGAGGAGAUAUAAUGGAAAUCGGGUAUAGGACGCACAAUAAAGAGAUGACUAUUAGUUUCUUU